AUGGCGAUUUACACGCAGCUCCAAGAACAAGCCGAGUUGCCUUCUGUCGAGAGCACAAAGUCGUACUGGCACCACCAGCCCUCGGAGAAGCUUCUGGGUCACCGCACAACGGCAGAACUUCCCGCGACAGCUGACGUUGUGGUAGUUGGCAGCGGUAUCACGGGGACUUUUGCCGCGAGGGAGCUCGUCAAGGGGGGUUGUAAGAGCGUAGUCCUCCUUGAAGCGAGAGAGGCGUGCUGGGGAGCAACAGGAAGAAAUGGCGGCCAUUGCCAGCCUCUCAUAUACGCUGCAAAAGCACCUGUAGCCCAAUUCGAGCUGGAUACCUUCAACUUUCUCGAGGAGUUUGUAUCCGAGCACAAGAUCCCUUGUGACUGGGAGACGGUAGGGGGCGUCCAUUGCAUUCCGUCGUCAGAAGUCCUCGAGAUUAUAGUUCAGCAUCUAGAGCGCCUGGGAAAGGCUCACCCUGACCUGGCUGACAAGGUCAAGAUCAUCACGGACAAGGAGGAGCUGAAGAAGCUGCGUAUUCCAGAGGCAUCUGCGGCCAUAUACCAGCCCAACGCCGCCAAACUGUGGCCGUAUAAGCUCGUCAGCUGGGUCCUUGAGCGACUCCUUGAAGGGAAUGAUUCUUCCGUGUUUAAUCUCCAGACGAAGACACCCGUGGACUCUUUGCAGCAAAAAGGCGAUUUGUGGACCCUUGAUACACAUCGGGGCCAGAUAGCAGCCAAGAAGGUUAUCCUCGCAACUAACGCUUAUACUUCGCAUCUUAUUCCUAAGUUAUCAGGCUUUAUCGUCCCGGUUCGAGGCCAGGUUGCUGCUCUCGUUCCCUCGAGUGGCAGCGCACCAUUAGAGCACAGCCAUGUCUGGUGGACACCGGCUGGAGGCGACGAUUAUCUCGUUCAAAGACCUUCUGGCGAGCUCAUAACCGGCGGAGAGAGACAAGGCUCACCCGAUGGUCAAGUUGGCCUCUCGCGAGACGAUACGAUUGAUCCAGUUGUCGCUCAGCGUUUGCGGGCCUCACUCCAUAAAGUCAUUAAGCUAAAGGCACCAGACGAAACCGAGGAUGGGACUCUUCGAGCUACAUACGAGUGGACGGGUAUCAUGGGUUACUCGAAAGAUGGCUACCCUUGGGUUGGCCAGCUGCCCGAUGCUUUAGGUGGUAGGAAUAACAGCCUCUGGCUUAGUGCUGGAUAUACAGGCCAUGGCAUGCCAGUAGCAGCGAGGUGUGGAAUAGCGGUAGCGCAGGAGAUAUUGGGAGUCACAGAUGGUAUAAAACUGCCGGCUCAGUAUCGCAUUGAUGGAGGUAGAGCCGAUAGGGCUAAGAACAUGAAGAUUCCCUCGACAUUGUUGGAAGAGGUAAUGAUGGUUAUUGGUGACGGGAUCUAA